CGGGCCCUCUCUCCCGCCUCCGCGCCGGCCACUCGCAGCCCCGCCGCCGCUCUCGGGCUACGGCCGGGUCUCGCGCGCCGUCUUCUCGUGAGGGGCCUCGCGCCGCCCGGCGCACGCCGUCCCCCUGCCUCGCGGCGCGGGGUCUCGCGGGCCCCGCUCCCGCCCUCCGCUUGCCUGGCCCGGACCGGAAGCGGCGCCGCACGGCCUGGGCCUGGCGCGGGGGGCGGGCACCGGGGCCCGGUCGGAUAUGGGCAAGAAGCACAAGAAGCACAAGUCGGACAAACACCUCUAUGAGGAGUAUGUAGAGAAGCCCUUGAAGCUGGUCCUCAAAGUGGGAGGGAACGAGGUCACCGAGCUCUCCACGGGCAGCUCGGGGCACGACUCAAGCCUCUUCGAAGACAAAAAUGAUCAUGAUAAACACAAGGACAGAAAGCGGAAAAAGCGAAAGAAAGGAGAGAAGCAGCUCCCAGGGGAAGAAAAGGGGAGAAAACGGAGACGAGUAAAGGAGGAUAAAAAGAAGCGAGAUCGGGACCGCAUGGAGAAUGAGGCAGAAAAAGACCUCCAGUGCCAGGCCCCUGUAAGAUUAGACUUGCCUCCUGAGAAGCCUCUUGCAAGCUCCUUAGCCAAACAAGAAGAAGUAGAACAGACACCCCUUCAAGAAGCUUUGAAUCAACUGAUGAGACAAUUACAGAGGAAAGACCCAAGUGCUUUCUUUUCAUUUCCUGUGACUGAUUUUAUUGCUCCCGGCUACUCCAUGAUCAUUAAACACCCAAUGGAUUUUAGUACCAUGAAAGAAAAGAUUAAGAACAAUGAUUACCAGUCCAUAGAAGAACUAAAGGAUAACUUCAAACUAAUGUGUACUAAUGCUAUGAUUUACAACAAACCUGAGACCAUUUAUUAUAAAGCUGCAAAGAAGCUGUUGCACUCAGGGAUGAAAAUUCUUAGCCAGGAGAGAAUUCAGAGCCUGAAGCAAAGCAUAGAAUUCAUGGCAGACUUGCAGAAAAGUCGAAAGCAGAAAGAUAGAACAGACACCUCGCAGAGUGGGGAGGACAGCGGCUGCUGGCCGAGAGAAAGGGAAGACUCUGGAGAUACUGAAGCACAAGCCUUCAAGAGUCCCAAUAAGGAAAACAAAAAGAAAGACAAAGAUACACUUGAAGAUAAAUGUAAGAGCAAUACUAUAGAAAGAGAGCAGGAGCAGAUAGACCGCAUCGUUAAGGAAUCUGGAGGAAAGCUGACCAGGCGGCUUGUUAACAGCCAGUGUGAGUUUGAAAGGAGAAAACCAGACGGAACGACGACACUGGGGCUUCUCCAUCCUGUGGAUCCCAUUGUAGGAGAACCAGGCUACUGCCCCGUGAGACUGGGAAUGACAACUGGCAGGCUUCAGUCUGGAGUGAAUACUUUGCAGGGGUUCAAGGAAGACAAAAGGAACAAAGUCACUCCAGUGUUAUACUUGAAUUACGGGCCCUACAGUUCUUAUGCUCCACAUUAUGACUCCACAUUUGCAAAUAUUAGCAAGGAUGAUUCGGAUCUAAUCUAUUCAGCCUAUGGGGAAGACUCUGACCUUCCCAGUGAUUUCAGCAUCCAUGAGUUUUUGGCCACAUGCCAGGAUUAUCCUUAUGUGAUGGCGGACAGUUUACUGGAUGUUUUAACGAAAGGAGGCCAUUCUAGAACCCUGCAAGAGUUGGAGAUGUCAUCACCUGAAGACGACAGCCAGACUGGGAACCUUGACUCCGAAAAAGAAAUGGAGCAGAUUACAGAAAUAGAGCCAGUGGGGCGUUUAGACUCCAGCAGUCGGGACCGGCUCACAGCACUGAAAGCAGUAACAAAUUUUGGUGCUCCUGUUGAAGUUUUUGACUCUGAGGCGUGUUACUCUUCGCACCACACAGAAGCUGAAAUGUUCCAGAGGAAACUUGAUGAGACGACCAGAUUGCUCCGAGAGCUCCAGGAAGCCCAGAACGAGCGUCUGAGCACCAGACCCCCUCCCAACAUGAUCUGUCUCCUGGGUCCAUCGUACAGGGAAAUGCAUCUCGCUGAACAGGUGACCAACAAUCUGAAAGAACUUGCACAGCAAGUCACUCCAGGCGACAUUGUCAGCACGUAUGGAGUUCGAAAAGCAAUGGGGAUUUCCAUCCCCUCCCCCAUCGUGGAAAACAACUUUGUAGAUUUAACAGAAGAUUUUGAAGAACUGAAAAAGACUGGUAUUGCCGAGUGUGGACCUGAUGGGAUUUGAAGCUCACUGUGACACGCAGGUGUCGCGGUGCUGGCGCACCCGGCCUCUCCGGCAGACCCUUCUGAGAUGACAAGCCUGCAACCAGGGUCUGAGCAGACCGCGGGGUCAGCUGCAGUCCUCCCUGCCCUUGGCUGCAGCCCCGCGUCCACUUUUGAAGUCUCCCAUGUGCAAGAUUUCCCAGAAUGGCAGGGGGUUACCAGAGGACCCCGAGCUGGGAAUUCUGCUCUGUAGUGGAGUGUGGCUGGGGGAGAAACCCCGGGCACGCUCUGGUGAGGAGGCAGCAAAGCUGAUCCAGCAAAAAGGGGACGGUUCGGUUCCUUCUCACCUUGAAACAACUCAGGCUGACUUGUGAUUCUCGACAGCUGAAGCGCUGAGACGCAGCUCACAAACCUGGCUUUUCGCGUUUGCCCUUGAUCCUUGCAGUUCAGAGCAAGACCAUCCCAGCAUUUCCGAGCAGGCUGGCUUCCCACAUGGCCAACCUCUGCAGGCUUACGUGGAGUAGAUGUUUUUCAUUUUGAGGAUCUUCAAGUUAGGUGUGAGGACUACAGAAAAGGAAGGAAGCGCUACAGGUGGCCCGCAUCCUGUCUGCAGACUCCACUCCUUUCCACCACAGAAGCUAAGAUUCCGCGGAAGGCUGCUGGGGAGCACCCACGCAGGCCGGACUGGUCAGGGAGGGGAGAGGAGGGUGGUGCCUGACUUCCGGGGCUACCGCCGCUUGCCUUCCUGCCGGGAGCCGCACUCCGAGCCACACCACCCCCGGCUGGGCCAAUCCAGAAACAAAACACUAGACAGUAGGUUCUCGUGCCAUGUCAAGGGUUAAAAAGCACAGUGGAGGGAAGAGACUUCGUCUAGCAUCUAGGAAGUCAUU